UUCAUUCUCUCCCUUGGUACUAAUCAUUCACUGAGCUUCCAGUGGGACACGGUGAUGACGUCAUGGAAUAAUCUUAAGCACUGAAGGAGAGAGCGAUGAAGCAUUUCACCAAAGUGUAAAUAUUUCCAUUAGAGGUUGUUAUUAAAGAGCAGCAAAGAUUUCCUCCCGAGGAAAGAGCUGAUGCAGCAAGAAAAUACUCUCUUUUUUUAACCUAUUUGCACAACUAACACUGCACAUCAUCUCUAAAACAUGGUGGUGGAAGCAUUAUGAUGGAUGGAGCUAAAUGCAGAGCAGGACUGGAAUUUCAAUAAUAUUUGAAAUGAGUGAGCAGAGAUAAUGUAGCAGUUUAUAUUGAAAUAUAUUCAAGUAUUGCUGGGUUUCAGACAUGCGUACCUGCAGAGAAAUGCGCGCCCAGUGGCGGGACCGCGCAUCGCUCUAAACUCUGGCAUAUUGAUAGGAAACGGACUGAACCUUUAUUGAGACAUACACGAGUCGAACGUUUUUCAGGGUCUGAUGAACAUGUUCUCCUCAGAUGGUUUGAAAUUCUUUUAACACCAUAAUGGCUCAAAUCACAGCUUAUAUUCGUCCAGAAGAGCAACAGCUUUUCCCCCAGCUGCGUUUUCAGGAUCUGAUCCACACCUGGAGCACUGAGUGGGACGAUGACUCAUCAUCCAACUGCUGCUGAUGACUCCAAAUAUUUCACGCACGCACCCACGCUCUCCAGCACGCACGCUACGGCGAGCGCUCCUUCACGUGCGCUCUCUCGAACGGGCAUCAAAGCCAUUUACGUCCAGCCAGACAGGAAGGAGAAAGCGGCUCCGCUGUCCUGCAGAAACACAUGGGAGUAAAAAGAAGAAGAGGAAGAAGUGAUCUCUAUGGCAGACCUCGGCUCGGAUGGUUGUGCCAUCGCCCAUCCGGCGGUCCACUGUGAACGAAAAUAAUUCAACCAGAGGACGAGAGAUGACGAGCCACCGCCGAGCAUCUCUGCUCGCCCUGUCGGCCCUCCUGGUCUCCACAUUAACACACCAAACGUCCUCAUCCUCAUCCUCAGCAGCAGCAGCAGCAGCAUCCGAGGGGAGAGGCAGGAAUAACAACCGGAGUCAUGACAGCAGGCCAUCAUUUCAGAGUAAAGACAGCAGCAGUAAUUUCUCUGUCAGCGCGCUGAGACCGAAACCAGAUGAGGAGGCGGCACCGAUCUGCGCCUACAGGGUGAUAGAGGGGGGCAUCUGGGGGCAGCUUUGUUUUCGACGCACGCUGUUCGGGUUCAGGUGCAACCAGGAGGACUGCAGGACGCAGGUGACUCUGGGGAACCUGGUGGCGAACCUGCUCACCAACGGCAGCGUGCUGCUGCAGUGGAGCCACAACGAGACGGAACAGAGCCCCCCCGAGCAGCCUGCUGGUUCUGGCUCACACGUGACUCCUCCGCCGCGCUCGGUGUUCGGUGAGCGCCGCCACCAGCGCGGCGGGUUCGAGCUGAGCUGCUGGUGGAACGGCAGCUACACCCAGUUCGAGUGCGCCGGCGUGCAGCUGGCGGCGGGAUGCAGGGACUUCAUGAUGCCCGAGCUGCACGAGAACAUCCCGUACCGGAUCUGCCUGCGGACCCCGGCCCGGUCCGGCCCGCGCCGGAGAGCGGAGCGGCGGGACUGCGUGGAGUUCACGCUGCCGCCGUCAGGGAUGCAGGACAUUGUGAUCGCCAUGACGGCGGUAGGGGGCGCAAUCUGCGUGAUGCUGGUGAUCAUCUGUCUGCUGGUGGCCUACAUUACAGAAAACAUCAUGAGCCCCACGACACAGCACUCCUACUCCUACCGCACUCACUCACGCCACUGACGGCCUAAAUAAGAUAAAUAAACACACCAGGUUCCCACAGUCGUCGUUACAAGGUAGUUAUUGUUCAGCGCACAGCGCAGGUGCUUCUUUAUACAUUAGAAAGGCAAUUUAAUUCGGAAAAAAAGAGAAACUAAUGUUGGUGAUAAUGGCAAACAGCUAAUAAAACCCAAAAUGUCCUGGAAAAUAGGGAUAAGCCGCAAGAAGUAUUUCCUAAACAAGCAUGCUAUUCACAAAAUACCAUCUAAGAAUAUUGAUGGAAAGUUUGGUGGGGGGAAGAAACACAAUCGACGACAACUUCAGCCUUGAGAAGAUGGUGAAGCUCACCAAUUUGAGAGUUUGGAUCGGACUCAGAAGAGCCACCACACAAAUCCAGGAUUGAAACAGAGACUAGACUGUUGCUUAGUUUUUCCUAAUUUCUUUAAAAUAAUACCUGGAGGAAGAACGAGGAAACUCCAAAUUAAAGCUGUUUUGAAUCCGGUGUGAAGUUUCCACAGCACAGCCAUGCCAGGAAAUGUCAGAGUACUUUAUGCUUCCUUAUGCUAACAGGUUCCAGGACCUUUCACCUCCCCACUCUGCCAAAAACUGGUUAAAUUAUCAUAAUCUUACUGGGCUUGAUUGGUCAGCAAAUGCAUGGGAGACAAUAAUUUAAAAAUCCCUUUAUUUUGGCUUUCUGUGAAAUCAAAGUUUUCUCAUUGAAAUUUGAGUUUUUAUUUGCUGUAAGUCAUCAUCAAAGUAAACAGAACUAACCACUAAUGACACAACAAUCUACGAGUAAUAAAUCUGUAAAUGACUUUGAUUUACUAAAACAUCAAAAUAUCCAUAAUAAUCUAAUGUAUUAAGAAGCACCUCAUCAUUUUACAACCAAAUUGAAGCACAAUUUUGCUGUGGCUCUGCAAAUAACACGCCUUUUUAACCUCUGCCAGGGUGCACUGAACCAAAAUUACUGAGAAACUGUUUUUAGUAUGUGAGUUUACUGUGUCAUUUUGUUGCUCCAGAUUGUCUCUGGUGUGCCAUCAGGCUGCAUUUCUACAGCAAUACAAACAGCCUCAAUAAAUGGCUUAGGGUACAUAAAUCUGAGAGUGUGUUUAUGUUGGGAAAGAAAGAAAUAUAACCUAAGUUUGAUUUAUUCAGUCAUCUCUGGUUUCUGCUUGUAGGUUUACAUACAGUGUUUGUACAAUCUGUGAAGGGCAAUAGAAAACUGUGUGCAAUCUCUGAAUUCUGUGCCAAACGUCUUUUAGCUAGAAUCCCUUUUUUUGUCCCGCUGACUGCAAAUAAAAAACUGUGGGGUACCUUUUAAUAUCACACAGCUGUCUUUAUUGUUCUCUUUCUUGUGUAGUUGGGUGUGUGCAUGUGACGACGUCUUGUGCCAUCCAGGUCAAAUAAAAAUAUCUUCUAUUGA